AUGUUCAAUGAACACUCGAAAGUGAGCAUUGCUCAGAUCGCCUUUUACGUACCAGCUAUAAUUGCAGCUGCUGUGUUAGUAUUCUUUCGACGUGCAAUCCGAGGGCUUCCUCGUUAUCAAUGGAUUGUUCUUAUGGUCUUCACGAUCAUUCGUCUAGCCGGCGGAAUAGUUGUCAUUCUAUACGAGAAUCAAUCCUCUAGUAUUGGACUCCUUGUUGCAGCAUCAAUUAUGUUGAAUGUGGGAGUGUUUCCUUGCAUUGCAGCUACUAUUGGUUUCCUCAAUAUCAUCACAUAUGUGGACUUUCACGAAAUCUCAGUGCCACGGGAACAAGACUCGUACGAGCUGGCUACUGGAUCGUUACAGUGUUUGUUGGCUGUCUCCUUUUACUACAAGCAUUCUUUUGGUCGAGAAGAUGUCAACUCAGCCACACUAGUUUCCUGCAUAAAGUCUCCUAAGGUGGGCACGAAUGACCUAGCCGUGCUGUUGCCAUGA